UAAAAAUAAAAUUCUAUCAACGGAAUUUUUUCGCAAACAAAAAUUGAAUACAAAAUUUAAUUUCGAAACAAAAAAGUGGUAUCCAAGAGUUGGUCUCUUCCCAGGAGUCCAGGUUUAGCAUCAUCAUCGUCUCUGGUUAAAUCCUUCAUUCCACAUGGAUUUAUUUGUCAGUGAAGUUGCUGCUGUUUUGGCUACCUGCUGGAAAUAUUAAUUUUGCAUUAAUUUGGUCCAGGAGUUUGCAAGCGCGUGGCGUUACUCUAGAAAAGAACAAAAAAAAAAAAAAAACAAAAUACAUAUUUUAACACAGGAGCCGCGACCCGUUAGUGGUUUUCCUGUAAAAUAAAAAAAAUAAGAAAAAAAAAAAUACAUACAAGAGGAUUUAACUGGAAGAAGAAAUAUACAACAUUUGAAGUUGUUGAAGUGGUGUGGUUUCCUUGGCAAUUGUUUACGAACAUUUUCGUUUUCCAAGCGGAUAAAGGUAAAAAAGAAGAAGGCGUUUUAGAUGCCUUUCCUAGAAUGCCAAAUGGAAAAACCCUACUAGACGAGAAGCAACAACAAGGAUACUUGACUAAGUAUUGUUACAUUUACAAAAUCAACUAUAACAACUGGCUUAACAUAAAAGAAGAACAACUUGAAACUGUUUUAAUUGGAAUCGUUGUCGUUGUUGUCGUCGUUUUCUGUUGCAAGUGGAAACUUGAAAAAUGGAUUGGAAAACAAGAUGGAGACGAUGGGGUUGCAUGUAGCCUUCACCACCUUCAUUUGAGGGUGGGGAGGGCAUCCAAUGAAGUAGCAAAUCAAUUAAAUAUACUAAAACCCGCCGCCGCCGCCGCCACUGCUGCUGCUGCUGCUUCCGUACUCAAGAAGAAAAAUAAGGAUCAAGAUUUAUAAAAAAAAAAAUAUAUAUAUAAAAAACAACAACAUUUAAAAACGAAGAAAAUAAAUAAUAAAAUUAAAAACAACGGCAGAAGCAAUAAUAACAAAUGGUGGUGGACUAGCCACAUUUAGCUGGAAGAAUGCACCGUUUGCGUACCACCUUUACAAGGUCACGUACACCAACUGGGGCCGAAAUGAAAACACAAAAUAGUCUUGAAGUACCCAAACAGGUACGUUCGGCAUCGUUUGAUGAAAUGCAACUCGAAGCACAACGCAGUACAUCGCAUCUGCUAAAACAGCAAUCAUCCUCGUCAGCCGAUGAACGUUCUUCGGAUACGGGACUCCUACAAGUGCCUCAGCCCGCAUCGCAACGUUCUCGAAGUUUCGAUUCGGCUGGCAGUGAUGAUUCGGGGACAUUCUUGGAUGUCCCGCGUCGCAUUCGCGCCCGUCGCUCCUCCAAUACAAAAACUCCCCCGCCCUGCUAUCAUUGUUUGUAUUUGGAAGAGUACGAGAAGCAGGUUAGCGCCGAGCAGCGAUUCUUCAUUGACCAUCGGGAAUUAAAGUCACUGAGCUAUAGCACGAGUUGCAGUGAAGAUGAGGACGAAGAUGAUGAGAAUGGUGGUGAGCCGGUCGAUCAUCAUCAGCGACAGCGGACUCAUUCGGCGACAACGAGCGAAGAUGAAGGCGUCGACGAUGGCAGUCCUCAAUUCGGCAAUACCCUGAUGCCGCCGCCACCAACCCCACCGUGCAAUAUUACCUUCACUCUGUCGCCGACAAAUGGUGACUUUGAGCCGCCGGUGUUUCCCUUCGAACACGGAUCGCCGCCCGUUUCGCCUAUGUCUUCCUCAAUGUACCUGUCUGCCACAACACCGCAAUCGCCGUCGAUUGAAUUUAUGCCCCAUUCGCCUUCAAUAGAACUCCCGCCCCCCGAACCGUGUAUUACAGUGGCGCCCGAUGAUGACGAAUCCAUAUCAGUGCCUCCUGUUCAGUUGCGACAACGUCGUCGUUCGAUAUCACGCCAGGAGGCAAUAUUUGUUGAGCCCACUGGUAAUUCCCUGGAGAAUGUCUCCCAGGAGGAAGAACAAAACCAGGCAGCGGCAUCAUCAACAGCAGCAGCUCCAACAACAACAACAACAACACCCGCGCUCGUAGUUCGUGAUAUUUAUUUGGCCGUGCCCGACCUGAGGCGCGACCGUGCUGCAUCGGUGGACUCGUGCUUCUCGAAGGUUUCAUCGACUGGCAAAACGGAAGAACUGAAACCGAACGAGGACGGUUGUUUUCUGACGGUGCCGAAUAUCAAUGCGACGAGGUCGCGUUCUGUUGACAUUGUCCUGCCGACCGAUGAACAGGCUCGUUACAAGGCUCUGGCGUUGACUGGCUCAUCCGGGAUCUAUGCUGAAGGAAAAGGCGUAAAACGAACUAUCCGGAUUAUUCCAGAUUGGACGGAAAAUGCCAUUCAAGGUGAUCAUUAUUGGAAGGCAACAGCGGCCUCUGGUGAUUUGUGCUGUGUGGAUAACGAGUGCAAGAAAAAUGGGCCUCGUAUGAAAUGUUCAGCAUGUCAACUAAUCGCUCAUCAAAAUUGCAUUCCCAUUGUCAAUGAAAAGACUCAACUAGCGUGUAAGCCAACAUUUCGUGACGUAGGUGUAAGACAAUAUAGAGAGCAAACAACAACCCAUCAUCAUUGGGUUCAUCGACGUGCCGAGAAGGGAAAAUGUAAACAAUGUGGAAAGGCUGUGCAAGGAAAACUGUUUGGUUCCAAGGAAAUUGUUGCAUUAACCUGUGCUUGGUGUAAAGAUGUCUAUCAUAACAAGGAAGCUUGCUUUAAUGCAGAACGCAUUGGUGAAGAGUGCUCUUUAGGAAACUAUGCUCCGAUUAUUGUACCACCAUCAUGGAUCGUUCGACUUCCGAAUAAGGGAAAUUUCAAAUCAUCAUUGAGAAAGAAUACUCGCAAGCCAUCGAAUAAGAAGAAACCAAAAGAAAAAGAAACAAGAGCUUUUAUUGUAAAGCCAAUACCAUCGUCUGAGGCUAUACCUGUGAUAGUAUUUAUAAAUCCUAAAAGUGGUGGUAAUCAGGGAGUGAAACUGUUGGGAAAAUUUCAAUGGAUUCUCAAUCCCAGGCAGGUUUUUGAUUUAACACAAGGUGGUCCAAAAAUGGGUUUGGAAAUGUUCCGAAAAUCUCCCCAACUUCGAGUUUUGGCAUGUGGUGGAGAUGGUACAGUCGGAUGGGUACUUUCGGUUUUGGAUCAAAUUAAUAUACAACCUCCACCAGCUGUUGGUGUCCUGCCACUUGGAACGGGCAACGAUUUAGCUCGUGCUCUUGGAUGGGGUGGUGGUUAUACCGAUGAACCAGUUAGUAAAAUUCUUUUCGAAGUUGGUAUGUCUAAUAAAAUUUUAAUGGAUCGUUGGAGAGUUGCCGUUACACCAAAUCCUGAAGCUGAACCUACAGACAAGGGCAAGGACAAUCUACCCUUGAAUGUUAUCAAUAAUUACUUUUCAUUUGGAGUUGAUGCUCAUAUUGCCUUAGAGUUUCACGAAGCACGUGAAGCUCAUCCGGAGCGAUUUAAUUCGCGUCUCCGCAACAAAAUGUACUAUGGCCAAAUGGGUGGCAAAGAUUUGAUAUUACGAAAGUAUAGAAAUCUAGCUGAUUGGGUUACAUUGGAAGCCGAUGGCGUUGAUUAUACACCCAAGUUAAAAGAAGCACGUGUUCAUGCAAUACUUGUACUAAAUAUCCCGAGCUAUGGUGGUGGCACUCAUCCAUGGAAUGAUUCUUUUACCAAAUGCGUUCCGGCAAUGGACGAUGGAAUGUUUGAAAUUGUUGGACUUACAACAUACCAGCUGCCAUUCCUUCAAGCUGGUGCCCAUGGAACUUGUAUUGUUCAAUGCAAGAGUGCGAAAAUUGUAACCACCAAGACGAUUCCAAUGCAAGUCGAUGGGGAGGCGUGUCGUGUAAAGCCGUCGAUAAUUGAAAUCGAUCUGCUCAACAAGGCGGUAAUGCUGGCCAAGCGAAAACAUGGACGAACUAAUGUGGCAACCACCGGUCUUGAUCCAUUGCAUAUGAAUAUCCUACGCAUAACAAUGCCCAAUUAUGAGCAAUAUCAUUGGGACAAGGAUAUGCUCAAAAAUACAGCUGUCAAUUUGGGCAACAUAGAAAUUGAUCCGGUUUCUGAUUUGGAACAAGUUCGAAAUCAAAUCAAUAAAUUCUUUGAAGAAUCUGAAUCCACAAGUUAUCCAAAAAUGUCACAAGAAUGGUGUUUUGUGGAUUCUUGUACAGCUGAACGUUUCUUUCGUAUUGAUCGUGCACAGGAGCAUUUAUAUUAUAUUACAGACAUUGGUUCGGAUGAUGUAUUUGUAUUAGAUCAAGAAUGUCCAACUUUACCCCAAACACCAGAUCAAGAACGUUCAUUUGCAGCAUUCCAACAAAGACAGGAAGAAAAUGAACGUCGUAAUAUUGAUCAGACUGGACGUAGCACUAAUACGGUGAGGACUAAAAUAAGAAAAGCUGAAUACAAAUUCAAAAGCAACAGACAAAGAUUGUUCAGCUUAACAGAAGAUUGUCUUAACUUAAGCUCUGUUGUGGAAAAAACUUCCGAUGCCAUAUUAUUAGCAGCCCAACGUGGCGAUAUAAAUUUGUUACGUGCAUUACAUGAACAAGGAUUCUCAUUAAAAUCAGAAGACACGACAGGACAAACUGCUUUACAUAUUGCAUGCAAAUUAAAUCACAAAAACAUUGUUAAAUAUAUGAUAUCGUGUGCACCACAUAAUAUUAUAAAUAAGACGGAUACUAUUAGGGGAAGCACCGCUCUCCAUGUGGCCGCUGCAAAUAAACGCCGCGACAUUUCUGUGAUGUUAGUGGCGGCUGGUGCAAAUCUAUCAUUGCGUGACGAUCACGGUUGUACACCAAUGAUGAUUGCAUUCAAUAACAACGCACGCGACAUUGCCACUUAUCUUGAAAGUAAGACUUUGCGAUUAUAAAUUUACUAUAUCGCCCAGUCACUUAAAAAACAUCACAAAACAAAACCAACAACAAAAUAAAACAACCUUCAAAAGUUAAACAUCUUUAAGUAUUGCUAUGCAAACAAAAAACAAAAA